UAGAGGGGGCGCUGUGGGCGCCGCCAGGCGUCCUUUUGUCAGCGCGCACGGCCAAGAGUGCUCUCAUUUCCUCCCAGCCUUGUGCGGGAAAUGGAUUUAAUUCUGACCGCAGGGCUGUGAGGGACGAGCGUGAACGACAGCCUUUUGUCAAGGAGUAGCGGCUUCUGUUGUCUGUAAUCACCGCUGACGCGGGGAAGCUGCAUUGCUGGUGGAAUUCCAGGCAGCUCUGACAAGUGUGGGGCUGCGGGAUGGGAAGAAAACAUUGCUCUGCAGAUUAGCUGGGUGCAUUUAUUAAGCAGACACCCAAAGGAAAAGAAAACAAAGCAAAACAACAACCCACCGUGGAAGACCAGGGAUGGAUAAGAUGCUGUGCAGGAGCUUCCAUCCAGAUGUUUGAAAUCCAGUAGAUGCAGUCGGCGUCCCUGAGAACGAAGCAGGGUGCACGGGCUGAGCACUGAGAAGCAGCAGCCUGGGACGAGGCUGGUCCAGCCUCCCGGCUUCCAGGAGCGGAUUGUAAGCCCACCAGGACAAUGAGUGAAGAGACUGUCCCCGAGGCUGCCUCCCCGCCGCCCCCGCAGGGGCAGCAGUAUCUGGACCGCUUUUCUGAGGACGACCCUGAGUACCUGCGCCUUCGCAGCCGCGCGGCGGACCUGCGGCAGGACUUCAACCUGAUGGAGCAGAAGAAGCGCGUCACCAUGAUCCUGGAGAGCCCCUCUUUCAGGGAGGAGCUGGAAGGCCUGAUCCAGGAACAGAUGAAGAAGGGGAACAACUCCUCCAACAUCUGGGCCCUGCGGCAGAUCGCGGACUUCAUGGCCAGCACCUCCCACGCAGUCUUCCCAACAUCUUCCAUGAACUUCUCCAUGAUGACGCCCAUCAAUGACCUCCACACAGCUGACUACUUGAACCUGGCCAAGCGCGAGCGGAGCAUGCGGUGCAAGAUCAGCAGCGUUUAUCGUCUCCUAGACCUCUAUGGCUGGGCCCAGCUGAGCGACACCUACGUCACGCUGAGAGUCAACAAGGAACAGGAUCACUUCCUGAUUAGCCCCAAGGGAGUUUCUUGCAGUGAAGUCACCGCAUCCAGCCUGAUCAAGGUGAACAUCCUGGGAGAGGUGGUAGAGAAAGGCAGCAGCUGCUUCCCCGUGGAUACCACGGGCUUCUGUCUGCACUCGGCGAUCUACGCAGCCAGACCCGACGUGCGCUGUGUCAUCCAUCUGCACACACCAGCCACUGCCGCCGUGUCGGCUAUGAAGUGUGGCCUCCUGCCUGUCUCCCACAAUGCCCUGCUAGUGGGGGACAUGGCCUAUUAUGACUUCAAUGGUGGGAUGGAGCAGGAAGCGGAUCGAAUCAGCCUGCAGAAGUGCCUUGGACCCACCUGCAAGAUCCUGGUGCUAAGAAACCAUGGCGUGGUUGCUCUAGGUGACACUGUGGAGGAGGCGUUUUAUAAGAUCUUCCACCUGCAGGCUGCGUGUGAGAUACAGGUUUCUGCCCUGUCCGGCGCUGGGGGAGUGGACAACCUCAUCCUCCUGGAGGAGAAGCACCGACCCCACCAAGUGGGCUCCGUGCAGUGGGCAGGGAGCACCUUUGGGCCCAUGCAGAAGAACCGGCUGGGGGAGCACGAGUUUGAGGCCCUCAUGAGGAUGCUGGACAACCUGGGUUACAGAACAGGCUACCCGUACCGAUACCCCAUUGUUCAAGAGAAAACCAAACACAAAAGUGAGGUGGAGAUCCCAGCCACUGUCACAGCCUUCGUGUUUGAGGAGGACGGUGCCCCGGUGCCCACCCUGCUGCAGCAUGCCCAGAAGCAGCAGAAGGAGAAGACCCGUUGGCUCAACACGCCCAACACCUACCUGCGGGUCAAUGUGGCCGAUGAGGUCCAGAGGAGCAUGGGCACCCCCCGGCCCAAGACCACAUGGAUGAAGGCUGAUGAGGUGGAGAAAUCCAGCAGUGGCAUGCCAAUACGGAUCGAAAACCCAAACCAAUUUGUGCCUCUCUAUACCGACCCCCAAGAAGUGCUGGACAUGCGGAACAAGAUUCGAGAACAAAACCGACAAGACGUGAAGUCAGCAGGGCCUCAGUCCCAGCUCCUGGCGAGUGUCAUCGCUGAGAAGAGUCGAAGCCCGUCUACAGAGAGCCAGCUGAUGUCCAAGGGCGAUGCAGACACCAAAGACGACUCAGAGGAGACUGUGCCCAACCCCUUCAGCCAACUCACUGACCAGGAGCUGGAGGAAUACAAGAAGGAGGUGGAGAGGAAGAAACUAGAGCUUGACGGAGAGAAAGAAACCACUGCCGAGGAGCCUGGCUCACCUGUAAGGUCUGCACCAGCUUCUCCAGCACAGAGCCCAGCGAAGUCAGAGACUAAGAGCCCUGCGGUCUCUCCCUCCAAGUCUUUAGACGAAGGUGCUAAGAAGACAGAAACAAGCAAAGCCACCACAGAGCCUGAAACCACACAGCCAGAAGGAGUGGUGGUCAACGGGAGGGAGGACGAACAGACCGCAGAGGAAAUUCUCAGCAAAGGCUUGAGCCAGAUGACCACCAAUGCCGACACAGAUGUUGAUACCUCUAAGGACAAAACCGAGUCGGUCACCAGCGGCCCCAUGUCCCCAGAGGGCUCACCUUCCAAGUCUCCCUCCAAAAAGAAGAAGAAAUUCCGAACCCCGUCCUUCCUGAAAAAGAGCAAAAAGAAGGAGAAAGUGGAGUCCUGAUUGGUAGUGCCCUUGGGCUCCCAUCCACACCCUCUCCCUCCACCCCUUCCC